CCCAAAAUAUAUUGCCAAACUUACACUUUGAAAAUUCUAUAGAGUAUAUUUUUAGUAACAAAAAGCUGCUUUUCUUCUUCUUCUUCUGUAAUGGAAGAAAGCAACAACAAUAACAGAAGAAAUGAUUUGUUAAGGUUUGACAAGAAUACAUGCCCAGGAUGCAAAAUUGAUCAACUCAAACAACAACAAACUGGGGUGCCUUACAAACACCUUUCUUAUAUUUGGCUUGUCUCCCUUUGCACUGCUCUCCCAAUUUCUUCUCUUUAUCCAUUCAUUUACUUCAUGGUAAGAGAUUUUGGCAUUGCAAGUCAAGAGGAAGAUAUUGGUUACUAUGCUGGAUUUGUUGGUUCUUCAUUCAUGGUUGGAAGAGCCUUGACGUCUCUUAUUUGGGGAGUGCUUGCUGAUCGAUAUGGUAGAAAGCCUAUAAUUCUAAUUGGCACAUUUUCAGUGGUCAUUUUCAACACUCUGUUUGGACUCAGUUCAACCCUCUGGAUGGCAAUUUGUUCGAGGUUUCUCCUUGGAUGUUUUAACAGCCUGCUAGGAACAAUAAGGGCAUAUGCUACAGAGGUCUGCCGAGAGGAAUACCAUGGUUUGGCAAUGUCAAUAGUUAGUACCUCUCGGGGAAUUGGCAUGAUUAUUGGUCCUGCCAUUGGCGGUUUCUUUGCACAGCCUGCUGAGAAAUAUCCUCGCUUCUUCUCCGAGACGUCUUUGUUUGGAAGGUUUCCAUACUUCCUACCAUGCCUUAUAAUAUCCGUCUAUGCUUUGGCUGUAUUUAUUUCUAGUUGGUGGCUUCCGGAAACACUGCACAUGCAUCGUGCAAGGGUAGUCACCGAAGCGGAGUCUCUCCAUGUACCUGAACUAGAAGCUUCGGAAGGUUUACUCAGUCAAAACGAGAAUAUAGAUGUUAAAGCAGAAAAAGUGUCUUCCUUUUCUUUGUUGAAGAAUUGGCCAUUGAUGUCUACAAUCAUUGUGUAUUGUGUGUUUUCACUUCAAGAAAUUGCAUACGCAGAAAUAUUUUCAUUAUGGGCUGUUAGUGACAAAAAGUUUGGAGGGCUUAGCUUUUCAUCUCAAGAUGUUGGUGUGGUUCUUGCUAUUUCAGGUUUUGGGCUUUUAUUGUUCCAGCUUAUACUCUAUCCAUACAUUGAGAAACUUCUUGGCCCGCUCGCAGUCACACGACUUUCAGCUAUUAUAUCAAUCCCUAUUCUAUCAGCUUAUCCAUACAUAGCAAUGCUUUCAGGAGUUUCUCUUUACCUAACCAUUAAUUGUGCAUCACUAAUAAGGAAUGUGUUAUCUGUGUCACUAGUCACUGGGAUAUUUAUCUUGUUGAAUAAUGCCGUUCCCCAACAUCAACGAGGGGCUGCUAACGGAAUCUCAAUGACGGCCAUGUCUGUUUCUAAAGCAUUUGGUCCUGCUGGAGCAGGGGCACUCUUCUCGUGGGCACAAAAACGUCAAGUUGCUGCCAUACUCCCAGGGGAUCAAAUGGUAUUCUUCGUAUUGAACGUCAUUCAGUUUAUUGGGUUGCUUUUGACCUUCAAGCCUUUCAUGGCACAACACGAUGGUAGAACACUAUAAGGAUACCUGUAAAGACUCUCAAGGCUACCUCUUAAAGUUCAGCAUCUGAACUUUGAUCAGGCAUUAUUCGGCGUACCCCCCCCCCCCCCCGGGCCCGUUUGAUGCUUGGCGUCGCCAUUCGUUGAACAAGUAUAGUUUAUGGUUGUGAAAAAAAUAAAUGUGGUGGAAUUUAGGUUAAAUGACACUAAUUCAUUAAUCAUUACAUUGCAACAUAAACCAUAUAUUGAAGGGAUAUUGAAUUACUGUUCUGUUAUGUAAUUAUGUUUGUAUUUA